AUGGUCCGUCUGCUGCUCUGGGCACUCUUAACUACUGUCUUGGCCACGGUCGAAGGAGGGCCCACCGUAUGCCAUACUGAAGAAUGUCUGGAGACAGCCGAUUAUCUGAUGCGAGCCAUGGACACGUCUGCCGACCCGUGCAUCGAUUUCCGGCAAUUUGUCUGUGGCAUCAAGAUAAACCGAACGUUGGAGGCGGACCAACUCGACGCGCGCGCCGAGGCUUUUGCCCGGGAAUUCACACGGCUUCUGGAGAAUCAGCAUCGAGAGCCAUGGCUGGAAGCGGCUGCCAAUUAUCAUACGGCAUGCCUCGGUUUUUCGAUUCCACCCGCUGCCCUGCGCGCGCAUCUGUCGGGCGUGUGGAAAAGCUGGGGCGAUGCGUCCACCCCGCUUGAAGAACUCCUCGGCCGUGCCGCAGCUGACCACUCGGUAUUUGCUGGUUUCCACGUGUUGCGACUCGGGAUGGAGACGGACAUUGUCGAAGUGAAGCCGGCCCCUGCCUACAUCCACUCCUCCGAGUUGUACUACCGGCGGGCCGACGAGGGCUACGAGGAGCAGGACGUCAUCUACGUCUUCCAAGCCUCGCAGCGCUUUGAAAAGUAUCGACAAUCGCUGCCCGAUGAGUUCACCACGGAUUUUUCGUACUUUUUUAGCCUCGAGUCCGCCCUCUACAAGCUCGGCGAACCGUUCGUCAUUUCGAUGGAACCGCGAAUGCCCUUUAAUUAUACCUUGGAAGAGUUUGGUGACAAAUUCUCGCAUGCUCGCUUCAAUAUGAGCCGCUAUUUGAGGGUGCUUUUCCCGGAAAGUGAUUUUGAGAAGACGAUGAUUCAAAUCGACAACAGCCAUUUUCUGAUCCAUGUCAUACGGGAGUUGCCGGAAUAUCCGAUCGAGGUUAUCAAGGACUAUCUACUGUACCGCUACGUCGAACAACUCCAAGAUUACGUCUCUAUCCACGCCGACACAAACAAUUCAACCCCGGCCCGCGAGAAGCGCUGUAUGCAGGCGACUUGGAACGAAUUUUGGCCCCUCAAGCUGCGCACCGACCAACGUAUCGUCGACGGGAUCAUCCCGAAACUUUGGUACGACGUUGAAGCCACGCUGCUUCAAGUGCUCCGCGACAAGGUGACCACCUCCAUGAUGCUGCCUGAUGAGGAACGAGCAGUGAUUAUGCGUAAGCUGGACAAUCUGAAGGUCUACGACAUCUACCCGCGAGAAUUUCUCCAGCCCCAUCACGCCAUGAUUGAUAAGAUAUACCACCGCCAUGUCGCCGCCAACUUCACCUCCGACAAUCCGAUGGGCAACAUCGGCAAGUUAAUGACCGUCAAGGCGAAGGCGCAGUUUGAUCCCGUCUAUAAACUG